CUCAACUUCACUCCACUUCACUCCGCUCCACUCCACAACCUCCCCACUCUACAUCCUCCCCACUCCACAUCCUCCCCACUCCUGCUGUGAUCAUGUUGCACUCCAUCCCCCUCUCGGAGCCCUUGGCUGCUACCUUUAGCAAGGUGGGCCUCCGUGCUACGAGCACCUCGACCAUCGUCCCUCAGCCCCAGGAUCAGAUCCACAGCUCGAAACUCGGAGGCCGCUACACUGUCACCUUGAUCCCUGGUGAUGGUGUCGGUCAAGAGAUUGCCGCGGCUGUCAAGACCAUCUUCAAGGCCGCCAACGUGCCUGUGGAUUGGGAGCAGUUCGAUGUGUCUGGAUAUACCUCCGCUGGCGAUAACACCUUCCAGCAGUCGGUUGAGUCCCUAAGACGUAACAAGGUCGGUCUCAAAGGCAUCCUCUACACCCCUGUAUCCUCCCUCGACCACUCCUCCUUCAAUGUCACCAUCCGCAAGGACCUGGACAUGUACGCGUCUUUGGUUCUCUGCAAAAACAUCCCCGGCUAUCCUACUCGUCACGAAGGCGUCGACUUUGUCAUCAUCCGUGAGAAUACCGAGGGAGAGUACUCUGGUCUCGAGCACGAGUCCUAUCCCGGAGUUGUCGAGUCGCUUAAGGUCGUCACCCGCAUCAAGUCUGAGCGCAUCGCCCGCUUUGCCUUUGACUUUGCUCUCCGUAACAACCGCAAGAAGGUUACCUGCAUCCACAAGGCCAACAUCAUGAAGUUGGCCGAUGGUCUCUUCCUCGACACUUGCCGGGAGGUCUCGAAGGAAUACGCCAGCUCAGGCAUCAAGUUUGAUGAUAUGAUUGUCGACAAUGCUUCCAUGCAGCUCGUCUCGAAACCCCAGCAGUUCGAUGUCAUGGUCAUGCCCAACUUGUACGGAAAUAUUGUCUCCAACAUCGGUGCUGGCCUCGUCGGUGGUCCCGGCAUUGUUCCUGGAUCCAACAUUGGUCGCGAGUAUGCCAUGUUCGAGCCCGGCUGCCGUCAUGUCGGUAAGGACAUUCAGGGACGCAACACUGCCAACCCGUCGGCAAUGAUUUUCUCGUCCGUUAUGAUGCUCCGUCACCUCGGCCUGGAUGAUCAUGCCAACAAGAUCGCCAACGCUGUUUUUAAGACCAUCCUGACCGGCGCCAUCAAGACGCCCGAUAUGGGCGGCUCUAGCACCACCACCGACUUCACUUCUGCGGUCGUCUCCAAUCUGUAA